AAUGUUAUUAAGUAAUUGCAGAGGAAAAAAGAGAGCAAGUGUUUCAGGCUGACAAAAUGCAAGCUCUGAGAGGCCCUCUAAACUACGACGAAGAACCUAGUCGUCAUCUAUCUCUCAUAAUCAAUGCCAAGGAUCCUUUCAAUGCGGAAACUCCAAGAGCUGCCUUAGUUGAAUCUUAUGUGACACCUGUGGACAUGUUUUUCAAGCGUAAUCAUGGACCCAUACCAAUACUGGAUGAUCCUCAAAGGUAUCGUGUCACCGUUGAUGGAUUAGUGCCAAAGCCGUUACUGCUAUCUAUGGAUGACAUAAGGUUGCUUCCCAAAUACACAGUCACAGCCACGUUGCAGUGUGCAGGCAAUCGAAGGACACCCAUGAGCAAGACCAAGCUAGUGAAGGGUGUCGGAUGGGAUGUAGGUGCAGUUGGAAAUGCUGUUUGGGGAGGGGCAAAGCUUUCAGAUCUUUUAAAACUUGCAAGUAUACCUGAAAAUACAGCAAAUACAGAGGCAGGAGGCAAACAUGUUGAAUUCACUAGUGUGGAUGCUUGUGAGGAAGAAAAUGGAGGGCCAUACAAAGCAUCAGUUUCUCUACUUCAUGCCACAAAUCCCAAAGCAGAUGUGCUUCUUGCAUAUGAAAUGAAUGGCAAGGUUUUGAAUAGGGACCAUGGAUAUCCCCUUCGUGUGGCUAUUCCAGGUGUAAUUGGUGCCCGCUCAGUUAAAUGGCUGGACAGGAUCGAUGUGAUUGCAAAUGAUUUCCAGGGUUUCUUCAUGCAAAAGGAUUACAAAAUGUUUCCUCCCAAUGUUGAUUGGGACAAUAUCAAUUGGCUUUCUCGGCGUCCAUUAAUGGAUUUUCCAGUUCAAUGUGUCAUUUGCUCUCUUGAAGAUGUGUGUUCAAUUGGGCAGGGGAAGAAGGUAAACAUCAGUGGCUAUGCUUUGUCUGGAGGAGGACGCGGAAUAGAACGGGUGGAUGUCUCUGUGGAUGGGGGAGAAACAUGGAUAGAAGCUAGAAGAUAUCAGAAGAACAAAGUUCCUUAUUUAGCAGACAGUGAGGAAUGUGACAAGUGGGCAUGGGUUUUUUUUGAGCUUGAAACUGAGAUUUACCCCCCAACUGACAUUAUUGCCAAAGCGGUUGAUUCUUCUGCUAAUGUGCAGCCGGAGAAAGUUGAGACCAUAUGGAAUCUUAGAGGAGUACUAAAUAACUCUUGGCAUGUUAUUCAUGCCAACAGUCCUGCAAAGGCUACGCACUUAAGCCUGUGAAUUGUUAUUAAGUGAGCCCCAAAAACAAUACUUCCAAAGUUACAAAUUAUGUUGUUUCCAAACUGUAGAUGAUCAUAUUAUGAGACUGCACAUGUGAACUUUAAUUCUGGUCUGCAAUAUAGAAAGAAAAUGGUAUACAGGAGAAAAUACAGACUACAGUAAAAUAUUAGACUGAAAUAAAAAUAUUUAUUGUGGCAUAAAUGA